CAUACGUAAGCGUUCAUCGCUUUGGCGUCGCUCCCAACCUAAAACUCGGUGCUGUUCCUAAAGCAAAUUUUGACCUUCCUGGUUUUGACUCAUAUAGGCGCUUGUGGCGGGCUUUGGAGCACUGUCACCCAUUCCAUAUACGUAAUAAUGCGACGACGGUGGUGCGAACUCGUAUUUGAGCUGACUCGGUUGCAAAUGUCACCCGCGCGCCUCGGCGCUCGCACCCAUUGCCAUUCAUGGCUGAGCAUUUGAAACGAAGGAUUCAUUCUACAGCUCACUAGCGAGAUGCAUUUGGCUCUCAAAGUUCUUGCCCGCGCAUGGGAAGGCGCUCUGCUCACCUGCGCUCGGCGGUAAGGCAGCGGCUUGGGCAUUGGUGAACAACGUGAGAGGACUCAGGAUGGAGCUCACGGAGCAGCGGGCGGCGAGUAUGACGAGGUCCGCAAGGCCAGGUGGUGCCGGCACGGUACCGGGCCUUGCAAAAACCUCCGCCGCCCGCACCCGGCUCGCUCGCACCCGUCCCCUCGCCAGCGCUCUGCUGGUCGCGGCGGUGCUGCUGGCCCUGCUGGCUGCCGCUGCUCGUGCCAGCCACAUUGACCUGCAGCUCACCUGCGAGGUGCUGCUGGCGCCGGCGUGCGCGGCCUACGUGUUUGAUGCUAGCCAGACCAACAUCAGCGCCACAACGCCGUGGAAUGCGGCGGUGAAGACAGACACGGCCUCAGGUGGCAACAGCAUGCGGACCACACACGUGCCGCUGGACGGACCCAACACCGACGCCCUGCUGCGUGCCGUGGCGCUCACGCCGCCGCGGCCACAGCCGGCGCCGCCACUGGGGCGCGCCGCGCUGGCGGCGGCGCCGCUGCUGCUGCCGCAGCUGGCGGCGGCCGACCCGCUGCGGCCGCGUGGCGGCGGCCGGCUGCGGCUGGCGUUGGCGCCGGUGGGAUCGACCACGGAGCUGUGGGCGCAGUUCCUUGGUGGCGGCGAGGUGGGCGGCCCGCCGCCGCGCCGUGCGGUGCUGCCGCUCGGCGCGGGCGGCGGCCCAGUGGAGUACACGCUGCACGAGGCGCCGCUUCCGCAGGCGGCGGCGGCGGCGGGCGACGGCUGCGCCGCGCUGGACGCACAGCUGCUGGCGCCGGGCUCGGCGGCGGAGGCGGCGGGCGUGCAGGCGGCGCUGGUGGCGCCGCACCGGAGGCUGUGGAUGGGGCUGCGGCGGAGCGACCUGGCGGCCGGGGGUGGCGGCGGCGGCGCCGCCGCCAUCGCCGCCGCAACCGGCGUUAGUACCGAGCUGCCGCCGCCGGGCUCUGCGCCGCGUGUUGCCUUGGGCAACGCUACGUACCGCUGGGCCGGCGGCGCGGUGGGGUCGUUCGAUGCGUUCGCGGCGGCGGCCGGCGCCUCCGCGGCGGCGGCGGCGGGAGCUGGGUGUGUGCAGCUGGACACGCUGAGUGGGGAGUGGCACCCAGUGCCUUGCGGCGGCGACAGCCCGUCCGUGGCGGGCUUCGCGUGCGAGGCGCGCUCCGUGACUGCGGAGGGCGUGCGCUGGGCGACCGCGGUGGGCGGGCGGCGGUACGCGCACGUGGCCAAGGCGCCACAUGAGGCGGCGGCGGUGGCGGGCGGCGGCGGCGCGGUGGUGCCGGACACGCCGGCGGCGCUGUGCGCGGCGCACGGCAUGGCGCCGGCGUCGUUGGAGGAUGCCGGCACGCAGGCGGCUGUGCUGCAGCGGCUGGCGGCGGCCGGCACCUACUGGCUGGGCUACGCAGCCGACACCGCGGCGGCGGCGGCGCCGGCGGCGUGGACUGACGGAAGCAACACCUCGGCCUACGCGCCCACGCCGCUGAACCAGGCCGCGGCGGCGGCAACGGCCGCCGCGGCCGCAGCCGGCGGCGGCGCAGCGUUCUGUGGGCUAAUGGCGGCGACGGCGCUGCCGGCCGUCAACGGCACGGCGGCAGCAGCCGGCGGUGGUGUGCUGUUGGCGCCCUGCGGCGCGGCGGCGGCGGCGCCGCUGUGCGUUGGCAGCGCGCUGGUGGGCGACGGCAACGGCGGCGGCGGCUCGCCACUGACGGUGCCGCCGGCAGCCAUUGCCGCCGGCAGCGUCACGGUGGCGGCGGCGGCUCGGCGGCAGACGUUGUAUGCGUUUGGAAGGAUCGGCGCCGCCAGCUCGGCUGCCAGCUACAGCUCAGCAGCGGCCCGGUGCAAGGCUCUGGGCGGCUCCCUGGCAGUGUUCGAUGGCGCGGGGGCGUCGGGGCUGGAGGGUCCGGUGGGCGCCUGGCACGCGGCGCGACUGGGCACUGUGUGGCUAGGCCUCAGGCUGUCUGCGCCCACCCACUGGCAGGACGGCAGCGCCGCCACCUUCAGCAUGUGGCCCGGCGGCAAGGAGCCCGCAGCAGCCGCCUCCACCACCACGCCGGAGUGCCUCACCAUGGCCACCAUGGCCCUGCCCCACCUGGGCCUCGCCCCCGGGCAGUGGGCGCCCGCACCCUGCACCGCACUGCGCCCCUUCGUGUGCGAGGCCGCCUGGGGCGCCGCGCCCGCCGCGCCCGACCCAGCCGACAACGACGGAUCCGGGCUGCGCCCCGAGCUGGAUCCAACCGCCUGGCCGUUGGCCAGUACGAACUACAACAGCAGCUCGUACCAUCUGUACGACGGCAAUUGGAUGCGGUGGGCGGACGCCGCCGCCUUUUGCGUGGUGCGUUUCGGCGGCGGCGGGCGGUUGGCGAGUGUGGCCUCGGUGGAGGAGGCGGGCGCCAUCAUCGGGCUGCUGUACGGCGGAAACGGGGUCGUGUACGGCAGCAGUAACGGCAGCAGUACGGCAGUUGGGCCCUCCAGCAUCUUCACGUACUGGGUUGGGCUGAGCGACGCCGGCGUGGAGGGCAGCUUCGCCUGGGAUGAUGGCGAUGUGGGUCGGCCGCUGCCCUGGGCGGCAUCGGGCGCCGUGCCGCCGGGCCAGACCAACACCUCGGAUUGCGUUGCGGUCACUUUCGGUUCCAACCCCAGCAACCCGGUGGCUGGGGUCAGCGGCGCCGCCGCGCUGCAGGUACGGCCGUGCGAGGACACCCUGCCGUACCUGUGCUCCGUACUGGAUGAACCGGGCAGCAGUAACGGCGGCGGCAACGGCAGCGGCGGCGGUGGUGGCAUGACGGGCGAGGCCGGCGGCGCGCAGGGCGGGCGGCACCCUGUGGCUGUGCGGCGGCAGGGGUCGCGGGCGGCGGGCAUGGCGGAGUACCUGUUCCACCGCACGCGGCUGUUCAGCCACGGCACGGCGGAGAGGAUCUGCCAGUCUCAGGGCGGGCACCUGUUCAGCCCCGUGGACGCCGCGGAGGCCGCCUGGGUGGCGGCCGCCGCCGCACACCUGCUGCCCGCCGCCUUCUUCCCAACCGCCGCCGCCGCCGCCGCCAACUCCUCCGCGCCGCUGACCUAUGCCGACGUCAUCGCCGCCGCCGCCGGCGUAAUGCUGCAGCUCGGGCUCAGCCGCCCCGGCUCGGCUUCAGCUGGCGGCGCCGCCGGUCUGUCCAACCCCUCGGGUGCCAACGCGACCCUCACUGGCGGCUUUUCGGCUGCCGACCUGCUGGGCACGUGGUUGCCGGAGGGCGUGGCGGCGGCGGCGUACGGCGCGGCUACAGCCGCCGGCGGCUACGACUCCUGCCCGCAGCUGUACGUUGCAACGGGCGAGUGGCGGCUCAACGCCAGCUGUGCCGAUCCCGCGCCUUUUGUUUGCAAGCGCGUGGCCGGCCUGCCGCCGCGGCGGCCGGCGGCGCUCGCCGCCGCGGCCGCGCUGGCGGCGGCGGCCGCCGCCGCCACCAACGGCACACAGGGCAUUGCUGACGCAUGGAGUCCAGUGCGCCAACCGCCGCCGCACCCGCUGACGUCGGUUGGUGGCGGCGCAGCGGCGCUGCUGGGCUAUGUACUGCCGGCGGGCGCCCGCCUUUCGUACGACGAGGCAGCUGCGCUGUGUGCGGACGUGGGCGGCGCACCGGCUCAGCUGCGGCUGCUGAGCGAUUGGGAGGCGCUGUGGAACCUCAUGUCCUAUGCCGUGCUGCCGCCGCAUCUGCGCAACCCCGGCGCCGCCGUCACCCACACCCUGUUCCUGGGCGCCCACCGCCGUGUGCCCGCCUCCGCCUCCGACCCCGAGCCCGCGGGCUUUCGCAAUCUGGACGGCAGUCGGCUGCAGCCGGCGGCGGCGGCCUGGGCGGCGGGCGAGCCGGACGGGCGGGCGGGCCUGGGCGACGGCGGCGGCGCGGUGCUGGGCGGCGGGCGGCGGGCGUGUCUGGCGGUGGCGGUGACGUGGAGUGCGGCGGGCGUGUUGACCGGGCUGCAGCUGGGGGAUGAGGACUGCGGCUCGAGGCUGGGCGUGUUGUGCCAGGCCGUGGACGCGGACGUGCAGCUACUGCCGGGCGCCUCCUCGCCGCUGGCGGGCGGGGCGGAUGGCUACAGCUCCCCCAGCGCCUUCACGGACGACACGUCGGCAUUCAUGGCACACGGGCCGUUGACCGCGGUCAACGCACGUGUGGACGGCCAGCUGCUGACUCAGCUGGCGCUGCUGUACGGCAGGCCGGGCGCGCCGCAGCGCAAGACGCGGCACGGUGGCACCGGCGGCGCCGCCGCCCUGGGCUCGCCCUGGCGGGUGCCGGACGGCGACGUGGUGGUGGCGGCGGCGGGCUGCCGCGUGGCCGCCGGCAUCGUCAAGGGCAUGCGGUUCACCACACGGCGAGGACUCCACUCGCCGUGGCUGGGCGGCACCUGCCUGCCCGCCGGCGCCGACGCCGCCUGGUUCGUGCUGACGCCGCCCGCCCCCGGCGCCUACCUGGCAGCGCUGCAGAGCCUGGGCAGCCCCUACCUCAACUCGCUGGCGGCGGUGUGGGCACUGGGCGGCGCCGGCUCCCCCGCCGUGCUCGCCACCACCUCCCCCAGCCCCUCCUCGCCGCCCGCCUGGGCCGCCGGCGCCAGCGGCGGCCUGCGCCUCACGCCCUACCCCCGCCUGCGCCUGCCCUGGCACGAGGCCGCCGCCUGGUGCACCGACCGCCACGCCGGCCACCUCGCGUCCUUCGCCGCCGCCGCCGACAUAGCCGCCGCCGCGCGCCGCCUGGCGCCGGCGCUGGCCUUCGGCCUCAGCCGCGCCGCUGGCGGCAGCACAUUCAGUUGGGCCGGCAGCGCCGCCGUCAGCGGCGGCGCGACGGCGCCGCCGGCCGGCGACGCGCGCCUGCCGGACCCGGCCGCCGCCGCCGCCGCCGCCACGUGCGGCAUGUGGAACACGUACGACAACACGUGGGCGUUGGCGGAGUGCGGCGGCGGCGCAGCUGACACCAGCCUGGUUCCUGACGGCGGCGGCGCUGUGUCGGCGGCGGCGACGCUGGCUGGCGGCGGCGCGCUGUGCUGGGCUGGCGAUGACACCGACUCGCCGUCAGCCUCGCCGCCGCUGCUGCCGUACUCGCUGCCGUUUCGCGGCCUGGAGCUGUUGGUCUUCCCGUAUGGCGGCGGCAGCCCAACCGCCGCCGCCGGACAGGGCUGGGCGCCGACGUACAGUACGGCAGUCGCCACGUGUGCCGCAUACGGUGCCGAGGUGAUGCGGCUGCCCGCCAACUUCCCGGGUACGGCGGCGGUUGUGCCGGCGGUUGUGGCCGCCACGAGCGAUGACGCACUGGCGGCCGCCGCCGGGACGCCGCACUGGGCGCACAGCACUGCCGUCAGCAGCGGCGUCGGCGCCGGCGCGGGGCUGGCGGCGGCGUCGGACGAGGCGGCGGCGCUUCUGGCCGCGCUGACGUCAGCACUGCAGCGCCUGCCCGGCGGCUGGCAGCUGUCGUCCUCGGGCCUGCUACUGCCGCUUCAAGAGGUAAGUGGCGGCAGUAGCAGCGCCGCCGCCGCCGCCGCUGCUCCCACGCGUUGCGUGGCGGCGUCUCCGCUGCCCGGGCUGGAUGCUGGCGGCGCCGCCGGCUGGUCGUUGUCCGGCGGCGGUUGGCUGGCUCAGCCCACGUCGCCAACCGCCUCGGCGGCCGCCGCCAACUGCACCUCGUUUGACAGCGGCUACGGGUUUGUGUGCGCGCGCGGCGGCGGCCUGCGCAGUGUGGCUGCCAUGCUGCAGCUCCUGCCCGCCUCCAACUCCUCCGCCCGCCUCACCACUCACUCGGCCCGGCUGGGUGCCGCCUCCGCCACCUUCGUCCGCGCCGCCUCCGCCGCCCUGCCGGUCCUGCCCGCCGCCGCCACCACCGGCACCACGGCCGCCGGCGCCGCCGCCUCCGCCUGGCCCUCCCCAACGGCGGCGGCGGCGUCCGCCGCCGCCGCCGCCGCGGCGGGGUUCGGCGGCGCGGCUGCGGGCUGCGCGGCUCUGGGCGGGGAGCUGCUGAGCCUGAGCUCGGGCGGCGAACUGGAUGACCUGGCGGCGGCACUGGCGGCGGACGGACAGGCUGACGCGGGCGAGCUGUGGCUGGGCCUGCACGACCUGCUGGCGCCCGGCGCAUUGGGCUGGCUGGGGGACGAGGACGCGGGGGGCAGCGCGGCGGCGGGCUACUACGACCUGCUGGAGCUGCUGCAGUCCGCCGACUACCCCCUCAACGGCAGUAGCAGCAGCAGCGGCAGUAGCAGCGGCAGUAGCAGCAGCACCAGUGAGGAGCGCUGCUUCUCCCUGCAGUACAGCCGCCUGUAUGCGGUGCCGCCCUCGCCGCCCGCACCGCCCGCGCCCACGGCACCCCUGCCGCCGCCGCCGCCCGCGCCGCCGCCCGCGCCCGUGCCCCCGGCGCCGCCGCCCUUCCCGCCGCGCCCGCCGCCGCUGCCGCCGCCGCCCGCGCCUCCGGCUCCGCCGUUGGCGCCGCCGCCGCCACCCAUGCCGCCGCCAUCGCCUGGAGAGUUCGACGGCGCA